GGCGCAGGCGCGGUAGGAGGAGGAGGAGCAGCAGGGACUGGGACAGUGGUGGCAGGCCUGGGCCCGCACCUCUUUGCCGGGCCUGAGGGUCGGCUGCCAUGGGCAAGCGGGUGGCGCUGGUACUCGCCGGCUGUGGCGUCUUUGAUGGCAGCGAGAUUCACGAGGCGUCGGCGGCGCUGGUGCACCUGAGCCGCGGCGGCGCGGAGGUGAAGAUAUUUGCCCCCAAUAUUGAGCAGAGGGAUGUAGUCAAUCACCUUAAAGGAAGUCCAGCAGAAGAGAAGAGAAAUGUGUUAGUUGAAAGUGCCAGGUUGGCAAGGGGAAACAUUCAGGAUUUGGCUGAACUGAAAGCUAGUGAAUUUGAUGCUGUCAUUUUCCCUGGUGGUUUUGGUGUAGCAAAGAAUCUGUGUUCCUGGGCUGUAGAUGGCAAGAACUGUACUGUCAAUGAGCACGUGAACUCCACACUCCAGGCCUUCCACAGUGCUAAAAAGCCCAUUGGUUUGUGCUGCAUAUCACCAGUUCUGGCAGCCAAAGUCUUUCCUGGUUGUGAGGUUACGGUCGGUCAGGAUAAAAACGUAGAUGGAAGAUUUCCUGAUGCUGAAACGGCAUCUGCUAUAGCAGAGCUUGGAUGUAAGCACAUUUGCAAAAAUGUAAAUGAAUCCCACGUGGAUAAAGCCAAUAAAAUAGUUACUACCUGUGCUUUCAUGUGCAAAGCUCCUCUGCAUGAAAUCUUUGAUGGAAUUGGAACAAUGGUACAAGAAGUCCUGAAGCUUGCCUGACUAGAAGUAUACAGACUUCUCCAAGGAAAUCAGUGUAGCUAAGCAUAAACAUUUAGCUUCCUUAGAUUGAAUUAAUAAAAUAAUGCAACUGCUAAACUUCA